AUGCCUUUUUGUAAACGCACGAUACUUCCGAAAGAUGUGUGCAAGCCCGACGGCAGGAGGCUGCUGCAGCAGCAGCAGCAGCGGGGGGAGAUUUUCGGGGACUUGGUGGACGUGUGCAGCUUCACCCUGUGCUCGGUGCUCCGACAGCUCUCGGAUUUGUCCCGGCACUCGGUGAGCAUCCUGGAGGAGCUGGAGGGAGACCUGGUGUCCAUCUGCCACCGGUCCUGCGCGCUGGAGGGCAGAGUGUUCCGACUGCAGAGGCACGUCGCAGAGCUGGUCAGCAAGCCUCCACCGAGAACCACCAGCGGACUAGAGGCAGAGAGCGGCAGGCGCGGUGGCAGCAGCAUCAGCAGCCACGGCGAUGGCAACCACAGCAGCAGCGGCGGCGGCGGCGGAGGCAGCAGCAGCAGCGGCGGCGCGGCCCACUUCAGGUCUCCAUGGCAACAGAGCGUGAACGUGUUCGGCUCGUGGAGCAGGCCGGAGUGUGUCGAGGAGCUGCACCAGCAAGCGCAGCUCAACCUCCAGAGCCUGCUGCAAGAAUUUGAGGAGCAGUUGUACGACACCAAGCUGACCGGUCAGACUUUCCGGCAUCCAUCCUCGCAGAGCUCUGACGACACGUCCACCUCGCUCAGCCGAUCGCCCGUCUCCCUCAACAGCAAGAGGCCCGACUUCAUCUUUCUGCCGGCAUCAAAGCAGCUCUACGAAGAUGAAACCACCUCCUCUGUGUUUGGUUUGAGGUCCAUUACCGACCCGUCUCCAUCCCCAUCUCCAUCCCCCUGCAGCUCAGACCGGCCCCCUCUGGGCUGGAGUAGUAACAACAGCAGCAGCAGUACUGCCACAUCUGCGACUACCGGACCGCCGGUCGCCGAGAAGCCCCGCUGGCACCUGGGAAGACGCACACCGGCGCACUUCUUACCGCUCGACAUCACAGGUGAAGGGGGAGGAUUGAAAUUCCACGGUGUCGACCUUCUCCAGCACUCUCCGUCCCCUUCCCCCUCUCCAGGGGACCCUUUCCCCCACCAGCCCCACUCCCUGGAGCCUGUUACCAACACACCACACCAGAAUCUUCCACUGAGGAAGACACACUCUGACCUCGACACAACCUUACCUGCAGACAACAGUUUGGGGCAGCCAGCCCCAGAUCAGCUUCACCCAGAAACUAUGGACCAUUCUGGGCUGCUCUGCUCAAAUACACCCACUGCUUCCUGGAACGGACCUAAGGGUUCCACCUUUUCUCCCGGAGCAUGGAAUGAGCCUUACAAUUACAGUAAGAACAAAGGCCCAACGGUACCACCCAAACAGCACAGUAUCAUCGGAGGAGGGACACAGGAGGGGGUGAUGCUGGUGAGCUCAGGACAUUCAAGCUCAUUCAAGACUGUGACAAACCCUUCUCAGAGAGCAUUGAAUAACAUGGACAUGGGGAAGCGGAGUGAGACAGAAGGGGCUGCAGCGGAUGGAGGGAGAGGAGGAGGAGGAGGAGGGGAAGCAGUGAGAGGGCGGGAGAGGUCGGCACGUUCCAUAGCAGCACAGAACGCUUUCAAGUUUCGGGAGCGUUCCCUUUCCACACCCACAGAUUCUGGCUCCUUUUGUUUUACAGAGGGUGGCAUAAGCCAGCUGGAUGGUAAUAUAACAGCUACAGGAAAUGGGAAUAAUAUGGACCACCAAUUGGAACAUCACAACUUCCUCGGCUUAGGUGAGAACUACGCCCUUCUCUACCCUAGAGGGAGCUCAGAAGACAGCGCAAGUACGACUGACACAAUUUCUGUCACAGCUUCAGACUACAGCACAGAAGGCCGUUUGCGCCUACGCUCCCGCUCCAUCUCCCUUAAAAAAUCCAAACGAAAGCCACCACCCCCUGUGAGGAGCGUCUCUCUCAUGAAAAACCUUGGAGAAGCUGAGGGCAGAAUCCACCAUCAUGGUGGUCUUUAUAGAGAUGGCCGACCAAAGAGCCUGCACAUCCCCAGGGACCACUUCCCAGACUUCCAGCCAGAUUUCCUUCUGCCCAGCUCCUCUAAACCCAGUAUUGGUGAGCGGGAGCCUGGCCAAGGAGGAAAUGACAGACCUCCAAGUCUAGAGGUCCAGGCACCAGACAGGGAGGGAGAGACAGAAAUGACCUUUCCCACACACUGGCAGCUAGGGGAGUGGAAGAGCAAUGAUCCUUACAGGUCUCUGUCAGGCUCCAGCACAGCAACAGGUACCACAGUGAUUGAAUGUAUGAAAGUCAGAGGUAGCUCGGAGUCCCUUCUUGACUCUCCCUCCACCUCCAGAGCCACAUCACCCUCACAGCUUUCCAUGGAGACUGACGUCAAGGCAUCGUCCCCCUUCAAACCUCCAGGACUUAUGUCCCCAUCAAGUGGCUAUUCCAGCCAGUCAGAGACUCCCACCCCAACUGUUCCACUCAGUCAAAUGGCAGGUCAAGGGACAGCAGGUACAACAGGAUGUAAGAUGCGCCCCAAGAUCCCAGAGAGGAAAUCAUCACUACCAUCACCCAAGGACCCAGCUGCUAGGUCUAGAUUGUCCUUUGAAAUGCCUGGGAAUGCACAUCUGGAGCUUUCAUCAAUCAAGCCAAAGCAAAAGGCCAGCAGGCGGCAUUCUGACACCUCAACAGCAGCAAAGCCGGGAAAAAUCAGCCCCAGUUCCUCACAGGCAUUGCCUGUGGUUACCCAGAAUGAGCUGAAGACUAUUCGGCUUCGUUCUAUUUCUCGCGGAGACCUAGAGGACUGCCCUGAUGGGGCCUCUGACACCAUUGAAGAAGAACAGCAUGGCCGUGAUCUAGGCGAGGAUCCCAGCCCACCACCCACUCUACCAAAACCUAAACCACCUGUUGCUGUAAAGCCUCCCUUACCCAAACGGCCAAUGAACCUUCUUCUCAAGUCUCCUUCUCCCUCCUCCACUUCCCCCCUGGCGCUUGACUCGCCUCCUCCCUCACCUGUGGACCGCCCAGUGCCUUUAGGCAACAUCUACAAAGUCAUGAAAAAGCCAAAACCCAAAAAACCUCCACCACAAGCUCCAACCAAUCCCACUGUUCUGCCCGAUUCAAAUUCUAUCACUGCUCCACCAACUGCCUAUGAUCACUCAUUCCUCCCCCACUCUCAGUCCCUGUUUGACCUUCCUCCUCUCCCAGAUCCUCAGCCUCUCUUGGAAGACCCAGUGUUGGAGCCUGAAUUUGAUGCUGACCAGUUUCUUCUUGGGCCCGAAGAUGGAGGCUCACUCCCUUCACCCUGCAGUAAUCAGGAGGCCCCAGAACUCCAGGACAAGAGCAAGACGCUACCUUCAAGGAUGACAGUCUCCUGCCUGGCAGAGCUGUCAGACAAAAAGAAACCCAAGGUUCCACCUCCAGUCCCCAAGAAGCCCAAUGUCCUGCUUCUUCCCACGUCAGUCCACUCCUCCACUAAUGGCAGCACAGAUCGGCAGACACCACAGACCGACAGCCCCAUGGGCCUGCGGUCUCCGAUAGGAACAUUCCCACCAGACGAUAUUCCCAAUACUACCAGUGUUCCGGACAUGCCUGAGCAAGAUGAGAACCACUUGGGAACAGACGAGGAGAGUUCAAAAGAGUCGUCACUGCAAUCUUCUCUCCAGGAUUCCUCUCUCACAGAGCUGGAAGGGAAGAUGGCCAGCACUGGGAUUGGGGCAGAUGAUCCAGCAGCCAAUGAAAAGACAGUACUGCACAUCGCAGAGGAAACUGAUGAUGACCUGUUGGCCAGCACACCUGCAACACACACCACUGAAGACCUGUUCACUAUUAUACACAGGUCCAAACGAAAGGUUCUGGGUCGUAAGGAGCCUUCCGACUCCUUUGGCAGUCGUCAGAGCCUGGUGUCACCAGUGAAGCACAGCACCAGCGGUAGCGACCUCCGAAAUCUGACUUUGGGCAGCAGCCAGAGGUCAAGUUCCCGCAAUGAGAACUUCAUGGCCCUGCUUCAGAAGAAAGGCAACAAGUCUUCCAGUGGAGGAGCCAGGGUCUCUGCCAUGGAGCUUCUGAAAAGCACAAACCCCCUGGCCCGACGCGUCACAGAGUUUUCAACCACCACAGCGUCGAAUGCCGAGGGAGGAGAGGCAGCGUCUGGGAAUGACAAACCCAGCGAUCAGUGAAUGGAAGUAUCUGAGCAGAUGUUAACCAGGUCUGUUCGCUGUUGACAAAGCUACCAACCAAUUCUACAGUCUACCACCCUCUGGGGACGGGGCCUUCUGACAAAUAUGUCCACCCAGAUCGCUCCAACUAAUGACUGACCAUUUGCACUGUCCAAUCAAAUUGGAGCACAUUUUUGGACAAAAUGGUCCCUCCCAUGGUUGGAGCGCUGUUGUUCCCAGUCAAACUAGUCCUUCUAGGAAAGUGAGACAUCAAUGGAGUGAAAAGCAUGCUCUCACUAUAUAUUCAAUGAAAAGUGGAGGUUUUGAGGUCAUGCCUCAAUACUGCACUGCACUACUUUUUCCUGACUGGGAAUUUGUUCGGUGUGGAAGCUAAUUAGGUGGAAGAUGGGUGGAGUAGACACUGGGAACGUAAAGAUAUACAGUGGGUAUCUUUACUCCUGGGUUCUUCCAGAUGAACACAACAAAAAUCCCUGAAGACCACACGGGUAUAUCUGAACCUGUGACCAUAGUAAUCCCCUACAGAGGAAUCAAAUGAAUCCGUAAAACAAAUGGAAAGGCAGAUAGAAGAUAUGAGACAUUACCCUCAAUUCUACCAAAUCACUGCACUGCAGGACGAUCACCUGUAGACCACCGAAAAGGAAAUGUUCCCAAACCUUGGCCAUCGUGGUUCUGGCUUCUCUCUGCGGUGAAUCUCCUCUCAUCUUCAACAGACAGAAGAUAAAAGAGCAAGAUUUACAAAGAGAAACUGUACGGGGGCUUUUUGCCACCAAAGAUGAGGCAUGAGCUCACCACACGUUUCAUUGCUCGUGCUAUGAACACGAACGUGGACCUUCACAAAACAUUCCACAAAGCAAAUGGAGGACAUUUUGGAACGUAAGCACUUUUUUUUGCACCCCCACCCUACCCCCAAUUUGGUGUUGGAGGUCGUUUACAUGGCGUAACCACUGCGCCACUACCUUUUUCCUCAUCUAUUAUCAUCUUUUCACUCUUUGUUCGGAUGCUAUUUUUUUUUUUGCAUAUAUUUUUUCAUAAACAUGCCAGAUGGCCAUUUACUGUUCAACUGGAUCAUGCUGUAUGUAUCAUGUACAAAGAUAAAUGUAACACAUCUAUCAACAACUAUCAUCUGCAGACACAAAGACUAUAAAUAGUGUACAAAGCAGCAAGAAGAUUGGGACUACAAACUGCCCACGCAGUGAAGGGAAAACACACACACACACACACACAAAGACUGCCAAGCAAUCUUAUUGAAGACAGACAAAAAAUGGCCAAUCUACUCAAGUGUGAGUGUGUUCAUACAAGUGUGUGCAGAGGAUAUCAUGCCUGUGGAGUUUCUGUUUGGAGAGUAUGAAGCAGGCCUGGUUAUUAAACAGGGUUUUUAUUCAUUUUGGUCUCUGGUGUUGGGACCAAAGGACUGUUAAGAACUUCAAACAGACCAGAAGGGACCUAAAGGUGUGUGUGUGUGUGUGUGUGUGUGUGUGUGUGUGUGUGUGUGUGUGUGUGUGUGUGUGUGUGUGUGUGUGUGUGUGUGUGUGUGUGUCAAGAGGAAAGUGCCAAGAACAAAGUGGGAGAGAGAAAAGACAAAGAGGGUGAGUGCAUAUACGUGUGCAUUUGUGUGCGUUCUCACUACAUGUCGCACAUUUUUGUGAGUGUGUGUGUGUGUGUGUGUGUGUGUGUGUGUGCGCGUGCAAAUUGUCACUACACACACCCCUUCCUUCCCUUUCUUUUAGGGAUGGACUGGAGUGACCUAAAUGUUGUUACCUAAAGGAUUCCAAAACCCAGAAGAUUCUAGAACCAAGAGGGUUUCGGAAAUCAGUGGAUGGAUACGGAAAUGGAAGCAUUCCAGAACCAAAAGCAUUUCGGAAUGUCUGUUGGAGUUUGGAAUACUAGGAUGCUGUGAGGUCACUGCCGCUCUAGCAGGAGAAAUGGGAGACUGGUCGAAAAUCUAAAUUUCCUUCCGUGUGUCUGGCUGCAGUGUUGUGGAGUGUUUCUGGUUGUUUUGCCCUCCUCCGCGUACGCCGUCUCUUUGGCCGCAGAGAGGAGGUGACGUCUGCACCACCCUCCUCCUCCUCUUCGCCGCUCACUGUUCUCCUCCUCUUUUCAUCACUGCUGGAGCACACGCUCCAUCUGUCUCUCUUUUUCCCUGCUCUAACCUCUCUUCUGGCACAUAGCACACACCCUCUCUUUUCCUUCCCCUGUACACUUCAUCCUCUCUCUCUCUCUCUCUCUCUCUCUCUCUCAGUAGCAGCACCUCUCUCCCACCUUGCUCUCACCCUCCAUCUUCUCCUGCCCUUCUUCCCUUCUCUCUCUAUCUUUUCCCACGUUCCCUUCCUGUCUCUCCCAUCUCUUCUCCCUCUCUCUCUCCCUCUCUCUCUCUCUCUCCUCCGCCCCUCCACCUCUCUCUGCAUUCAGUCUAUGCAUCUGAGCUCAGCAGAAGACGUGACACCGGAUGAAUGUCAAUGAAUGACUGUUAAGAAAAUAGAUGCUGUUCUUAGUUUGAGUGUGCAAAAAGCAUUUUCUAUCAGCGCUUAUCUUCUGCCUUCUUUCUUUCUCGCUCUCCUGAGUUUUUAUAUAUAUUUUUUUCUCUCUAGUAUCCAUGUAACAUGGAAUUACCAUGGAUGAAUGAACAAAUGAGUGGAUGGAUGGGAUCUGUGUACUAACACAGGAAUGAGGAAGGUUUGAGUGUGUUUUUGCAUAAAGGACCUUGACUUUUGGGACCGGACGAUGGCCCUGUGGUCUUUGACCUUGGACCUGCCAUCAUUUCUCCAUGACUGUAGACAGUCUGAUCAUUCUGAUCAGCGGUGGUUCAGCUCUGACACUUGACUUACCCGCUGCAUGGAUGGAUUGCGAAAAAUGGAAGAGCGAACCUUUCAUCUCCUGACUCCCAGUUGGCAAACUAUUUCUCGGUGCUAUUGAGUCAGAGCUCCCCCUGGUGGAUGGAAAAAGAGGACCCGCACAUACAAUAACAACAAAAGAGUGGGUGGGGAAAAAAAACUCCUUCAGAUAAAUCUCUCUUCCCUACGGCAGUCCUUCAGGUAUUCCAUCAUCCUGAAAAAAAUGCAUAAAUUAUCACCAUUUAUGAUGACUAGUCAAGUGACGCUUGUUUUAAAUAUUUAGUGAAUGAAAAAAGAUAAACCUAUAAAACUCUGUGUUUGUUUGCCUUGUAUACUGAAUUAUAGGCGUGUUGCUGCAGCGCCUACUGUGUUAUUUUUUUUGUUGUUGUUGUUUUUUUACAUUUUAUUUUUGAUUAUUUUUUUAAUUUCAGCUGCCUUGGUACUACACACACACUCAAACAUAACAUUUUGCUAAAUCUGGCCAAAAUUACACUGUUGUGCAGGUGUUAAAAGGAGCAUUUCCAUUUAAUCUGGCAAAUAUUUGCCCAAAUCUGCAUUCAUAUGCAGGCGGAGUGUGGCCGUGAAGACUCUUUUCCCUCGGCGCACAUCAGUCGCAGAGUGAAUUGGGCUGAGGGGAAGAAGGGAGGGCCACUCGAUGGGAAGGGAAAAAAAAAACAAAACAUUAUUCCAGAGCUAAACCCAGCAGGGUGGGAGCCGACUAGGAAGAUACAAGUACAGUGUUAGGAGCGAGAGGAUGUCUUGUUUCAGCACCGUAACGCGGUGUGAAGGAGACAUACUUUCAUCUAAAAAAGCGGCAGGCUGUUGAACAGGUUGUUCACUUACAGUGUGUGCUGAGGAUCAAAAAUUAUUUAUUUUUUUUUUACUUUUUAUUUUGGCAGACGGCAGAUUCCCUUUAAUCGGGGAGGAAAGAGAUAAAAAAACAAAAAAACAAGAACACAUGGGUACACUGGUGAGGAUCUAGUCAUUUAAUAUUAAGAACAACAUAUUUUUUUUGCAGGAUUUGCAAAUAUUUUGUAAAGACAAGAGUUCCUUCGGAAGCGGAAAUAAUCUAAUUAAUUGGGUUAAUCGUCAAAGUGUCGAGCUGGGACAUUACAGCCAACAGGGUGCCAUAUAUUUGUAACGGGAACUACUGAAGGGUGCAAUAUAUUAGACCUCAGUCCAACUCGGUGGGGGGGGAUAUUUCUGCCUACAAAGCAUCUCCGUCUCAAAGAAACGUCUGCAAGCAUAAAAUAUGUUGGCAACGUAUUGUAUUGAAAAUGACAUUUUUAUGAAGUGUGAAAGAGAGAUGACAAGAGGCAUAUCUCGUGUAUUGUCCCUUCUUCGGGAGGAGAAGAGGGAAGGAGGGAAAAUGAGGGUGCAGAGCAGAGGUUUGGCUCUGCUGAAUGUGGGGAUUACCACGCUGAAAUUCAUUGACAGUCCAUCAUGUUUUCCUUCACCCCCUCUCUCUCCCUGCGCCUCAGCUGUCCCGUGAGUCGGAGAAGCAAUCACGCUAAAAGGUUGAUAAAAGGUAUGAGAAAGCAAGUAAGGAGAGGAGGAAGGCGCUGCAGUGGCUCGCUAAUUAAUUUGGUUUAAUUUAACAUUUCCAGCCUUUGCAGAUAUCGAACAGCCAAAUAGAAACCUGUUCCUAAGAAACAUAAAUUUAAAGCAGCAGAGAAAAUUUGGAAGUUAAGUUGGGAGAGUUGGAGUUCAGGCGAGGAUAAUUUCCUCACAAGCCAACGGAAGGAUUACACUUUAUCGGAAUGAUACACAACAUCCCGUCCUGCGCAAAGUUGAAUGUAACUCACAGGACGGAGAAAAGUAAUUUUUCAAUUCUGGGAAAGAAAAAAAAAACACGUUUUACUACAAAUUGACAAGAGACUGAAAACAGAAACCCUUUUCUAACACCACUGUUUUCACCCUCCUCUUUUUAAAGCUUUAAAUACCAUCUCUCACCACAAAAUUACAUCUAAUGGCUUAAAUUUAAGAAGAAAUUUGUCACUGAACACUUUCAAAUAUCUAUACUUAAAUAAUGCACACUUUUCUUGGAAAACACUCACACUUUGUUUUUCAGUGACUCAGCUGAUGAGUGUACCAAAUUGCAGGUUCACCCGCAAAAGGGUCCUGCACACUUGUCUGCAAUGAAAAUAGAGGAGUGGGAGACAACAGUACUGCUUAUAAACUGUUACACACGCAAACACCAGGGGGUGCUGUCGAAUGAUGUUAAAAUAUUAUAAAAGAUGGACAUAGCCCCUGAGUCAUUACCUUGAAUGGCCAGCAGGGGGGCGACUCCUCUGGUUAAGCUAACAAGUGAAUUUGGAUAGAAGUCUGUGAGAAAAUGAUUCUACUUCUUGUAUGGUCCACGGCCCCAGUAAAAAUUCUCCUGAUUAGUUUGUGAACUCAGACACUAUUUUGAAGUUCUCUUUAACCCUAUAACACCAGGCCAUCACCGCUGAAGCGCCGGUUACUUGCCCUUACUAGCAGCGAACAGCUGGUUAAGACGUAGCGUAUCAGUGCAGAGUGGUUGAUCAAAGGAACUUUGAUCAGCUGGUUUUUUACCGUAACUCCGCUACCAUUUGUCCUAUCGGAAAAUUCAAAUGAUUCCUGAAAGCUCAGAAAUUGCACUUCCCAGCCAUAUAGUGGUAUUACGGUAUUUGUUGCCAGAAGUCUGUGAACGGCGGCGCUUUUGAAGUACGCUGUGUCACGUUCCACAUGUUCGGUGUAUAAGGUUACCACAGUAUGACGUUAACAUGUCUAAUUAACAGUAAAAUGGACAGUAUAGCAGUGUAUGCUUGAGGGUAUGGCUCUAGUGUGAUUGAUAAGUUGCUGUUAUGUCAUCUGUUUCUCAGAGUUCAAAAAGUAAAAGGAACAGGACUGAAAAAUAAAGCCAAGGUGGAAGUGGUAAAAUUUUCAAUUCCUCUAAUGGCCACUUGAGGCUUUCUUCCAAAAGUGAAUCAGGGUCGUGUGUUAAAAUUCCCAAUUUAAGGGGAUUUUAAAACAUGUUUACAUCCUGUACAAAACAAACAAACAAAACUGUAUUGAUCUCUCUGGAUUGUUUCCCCUUUAAAAAUUAUUGUACAGUGGAUUCUUUUUGUUUGUUUGUUUUUUGAUGCUUGUGGUGAGGGAGUUAAAAUAGAAGUGUGGUCAUUUUGAUUGAGAGGUGUGCAGAAAUAGGUAGCUUCACUAAUCGGUGUCACCAAACUGGAUUAUAUUUGGUGUAUGGCUCGUUGUGUGGUGCAGCCUGUCCAAGAAGUUUGUGCUUAAGCUUUCAUUAGUGUAACUGUAGAAUUUUAGUUGUCUUACAGUACUUAGCACUACUUAGCACUAGCCAAGCUAGCAAGCGUUAGCUGAUAAUGACCAAAAACUUGAGGCUUCAAAUUCCAGUGGGUGACAUCAUGGCAGCUAUGUCCAUCUUUUACACGUUUAUUUGUGAGGGAAGCCAUCAGAUAUCUGGCAUGAGACCAAACAAUAAAAAGUAAAAAUAUCCUUACCAUCACUGGCACAUUGAGAUGACUGUUGUCUUGAAGUGUUACUAAAUGAAUACUGACUGUUUAUGUUCUCAACAAAGUAUAAGGUUUCAAAACAAAUCCUUUGGAUGCCUGGUCAGGAGUCAAUGUGGUGGUUAGCCUACAAAGUUAGCGGUUGGAAAUGGAUCAAAUUUGAUCAAAAAUAUUGCAUUGCAGACAGGUUAAGGUCUUAAAGAUACAAUCAAAGGUGGAUUUUACAUACAGAGACUGCUUAAAAAAAAUCAACAGCAGUGUGAGUUUACAAUUCCAAUACUGUCAACAAAUGAAUAAAUAACUACUUUAUAGUAUACAGUGGGUAGAUGCUACCUCCUCCAGAUAUAUAUAUCAAGCUACUUCAGUGAAUCACAUUAUCACAUAAAAAUAUCACGACUUUGUUCUAUAUUUGAACAGUGCCCGGCUUUAUGAGCGAGUGAUUGAGAGUAACGGGAAGAGAUGGAGAGAUGUUGUGGCUGCAGAUUUGGGCCAAAAGACUUUGUUGUGUUUGCUUCAGGAGUGACAGAUGGGUGAGGUUUACUGUGUUUUAGUACUUUGCAGUAGACAAGCAGCCUAUAAAGUCCAUCACUGAUAAGCUUCAUCCUCUAUCCUCCCCAAGCAAAAUAAGACAAACAACCCCCCCAAACCCAAUUUAAACCCCAGUACUGGGGGCUGUACAGGCAGCUUAUAAAGACACAGAUGAUAAUUAGAGAGACCUAGAGAAAGAGAGACAGACAGAGAUAUUGGAAUUAUUCUAUUUUUGUUAUUCCUCGUUGAAAAAUACAUAUUUAAAGGAAUAUUCCAUGUAUGUAUUGAAUAACCCCUUUUUCUUGCCCCAUCCCAUGGUGUAAUCUGUAGCUGCGAGGUGGUGUCUCACACAAACGCUUCCUUCUGCAGCUCUGCAAUGCCAGUGUGAUGAAAUUAUUAUUAUUAUAUCAUUAUAAAUAAAUUAUUUUUCUUGCUUAAAAAAA